AUGAGAAGAUCUGGAUUGGUAAUACUAAUCUUAUUCUGUUCUGCUGUUGGUGAUGUGCCAGUUGAAGUUGCUAUCGGUGCCAUUUUCCCGUCUUCUCUUCCUAUAUUAGAAGAAACAUUUCGGUUAGCUAUAAACAAUAUAAAUUCAGAUUCGAAUUUAUUACCCAAUACGAAACUCAUUCCGAUUACGGAGAAUGCUUCUACACAAUUAGAACUUAUUAGAGCCGUGUACAAUUUAGUGGAUCAACGAGUGAUAUCGAUAGUCGGACCUCUAACGUCUUUACAUUCGAAAAUUGCCCAAACUGUGUGUGGCCAAUUGGGAAUACCGCAGAUAAGUAUCUUGGCUACAGACCCGAUGUUAUCUUUAAUUCCGAUGUUGAACCAAUCGUCGUCUACACUUUUGAAAAUGUCACCGCCGGAUACCUUUCAGAAUCACGCCUUAAUACAUAUAUUAAAAUAUUAUAAAUGGGAUGCUUUUGCUAUUUUAACAGAAGAUAAUGAACCAGCUAUUCAUGCGACAAUGGAACUUCAAAGAUUAGCUAUGAAAUACGAAAUUACACUACUUUCUAUACAGAGAUUUCCUUUGUCCGACUCAAAAUCUCUCAAUAUAACACCACAAUUGAACGUCAUAAAGGAAAAGGACGUGAGAAUAAUAAUUCUUUACUGUUCAAUAACGAUAAGUAAAACUGUUAUAAACCAAGCUGAUCGCAUGAACAUGUUUCGAUCUGGAUGGAUCUGGCUUGUCAUGGAUAGCAUCACAUCACACAGCAUUACAUACUUAUCAGACGAUGACGGAUAUGUACCAUCUUCUUUAGUCGGACUAAUAGGAACGGCAUUUGUGGUUCCCGACAAUAUUUUAUAUUUAAAAUUAGUGAAUCAGUUAGAGAAAAAAUUGGGAAAUCAAUUAGAGAAUCAGCAAGCUUUCACUCGUGUGUAUGAUGCAGUGUUAGCAAUUGCCAACGGACUUCACAAAAUUCUUUACGAAGAGAAACUAUCUUUCGAACUUCCUACUUUCCAAAAAGGAAGUUGCGUAGAUUCUGUCAAUGAGUGGAAGUGGGGUAGAAAUCUGUUGGAAAGUAUUCUUAAUGUAAACAAUAUUAAUGGUAGUUUAGGGCCUAUAAAGUUCACGAAAUUUGGUUACCAUCAUCUGACCAGUUUUGACAUCGAAAAUCUUCAAAUCAGAGGUUUCGUUAAAGUUGGAAAAUGGUUAGAAAACGAGAAGAACCUGAAAAUUAAUUCAGAAAUCACAUUUCCUGGACAAACUACAAUUCCUCCUACUAAUUCUCAUCAAAGUCUUUCCGGAAGAACACUUAAUAUUGGAAUACUCUUAGAUGUACCCUUUAUAAUGAAAAAUCCUUAUUAUAAAGAAGGCGAUCCUAUAACUUCUAAAUACGAAGGAUUACUUAUAGACCUUCUUUUAAAAUUACAAGAAAUACAUGAUUUUAAAUUUAAAUUACAUGAAACGAAGCAAUAUGGAAAUAAAAACGAGGAAACAAAAGAGUGGAAUGGAUUAGUUAGACAAUUAAUGGAUAAGAAAAUAGAUUUGGCACUUGCUUCUUUCACAAUAUCUUGGAAAAGACAAGAAGUUAUCUCCUUUACAGCUCCUUACUACGAUUUAGGUUUGGCUAUAUUAAUGCCGAAAUAUAAUGCAAAAACUAAUCAAAAUUAUUUCGCAUUUUUAUCACCUUUUGAAACAACAGUGUGGCUUACCAUUGCUGUAUCGGUGGUUUUUACUUCCCUAGUGCUCGCGAUAUGUGUAAAUUUAACACCAAAUAGUUUUAACAACAGUAUAACAGAGAGAAGGAAAACAAAUCAAAGCGUUAGAGAUUCUUGUUGGAUCACUUUUCCUCAAGCACUUUGGUGGAGUUUCUCGUCGCUUGUAGCGCCGGGAACAGAAUUUGAACAAAAAAAUAAUCUUCCGGCAAAAAUUGUAAUGGUGACUUGGUGGCUAACUACGGUUAUUCUUAUUGCUGCAUAUACAGCAAAAUUAGCAGCAUUUAUGACAGUCCAGAAUAUGAAACAAGAAAUUAAUUCUUUGGAAGAUUUAGUGACAUUUAAUACAAUUCCAUUUGGAACUGUUGGAGAUUCACAGAUGGAGAACUUCUUUGCCAAUAGUCACUACGAAAUUCACAAAAUUGCUUACAAGAUGAUGAAGAAAUAUAAUACAUUCAUAAACGAUACUCUCGAGGGCGUAGAGAGAGUUAGAGCAUCGUAUUAUUUGCCAGAAGGUCACAAGGAUCGUUUUGCUAUUAUUUCUGAUUCUCCAUUUGUGGAUUACGCUGCUAUGCAGAGGCCAUGCAAUGUCGAACGAGUUGGAAGACUUUUCGGAUUACAAAAUUACGGUCUUGGUUUGCCUAAAGGUUCUCCGUUUGAGAAACAAUUUACCCCAUCUAUCUUAAAGCUAAGAGAAGAAGGAUAUAUGGAUUUUUUGAAUAAACGAUGGUUUAUCAAUAAUUGUCCCGACAAUACAAUAGGAAGCGAAGAACAUCAAAUGGAUAUAAAAAAUUUAGCUGGAGUUUUUCUGUGUUACGUGGGAGGAUUAACUGUGGCACUCUUGUGCGUAGCUGUCCUGUGGAUAAGAGAAAAAACCAAGAUCAAGAAGAAAAUAGUUGUUUCACGUAAUAUCGUAGUUGUGUAUCGUAAGAAGACUGUUCUGGAUGAUUCUCUUUCACUUUGCUUUUCGAAAAGAUUAAUAUUAUAUAUUAAUAAUAUAAAUAUAUUUUCUCAAUGA